AUGGAAACGAUUGAAGAAAUUCAAGGUGAGCCUCGCUCUGACCCGACACCACCAGAUGCCAGACCUCCUGAAGCCAAGACGAGAUCAACAACUGCAGUGCUGCAAAAUCCACUGGCCAACAUGACGCAUGACGAAUUGGUCGCGGAUGCAGAGAACUUCGCCCAGGAUAAGGGAUUGGACAGCUACAGGCCGUGGUUUUCCAAAGGCGCACUCAUAGCCAAGGUCAUCAACACGCCGAAAGGAUACGAGGCGAUAGAGGAGUUGACCGAGGAGGAUAAGGAGCUCCUGAGGAACGAAGAUGAACAUCGUUGGACGUCUCAGCCAAAGAUGCUUUACUUCCUCUGCGCUUUGUGUGCGGGCUGCGCUAUUGUGCAGGGCAUGGAUCAGACAGUCAUUAAUGGUGCACAGUACUUCUACUUUGAAGAGUACAACAUCAAAGAUAGAGCGCUGCAAGGUCUGACAAAUGGCGCACCGUAUGCCUCUGCUGCCCUCAUCGGAUGUUGGCUCAACGCCCCCUUGAACAGAUACUUUGGCCGUCGAGGAACCAUCGCCUUUUCCUGUCUCCUGGCUUUCGUCACGGGAAUAUGGCAAGCUGCUGCUAACAGUUGGAUAUGUCUAAUCAUUGCACGCUUCACCCUCGGACUUGCAGUUGGCGCCAAAUCAAGUACCACUCCCGUAUAUGCAGCUGAAUGUGCACCCAAGGCAAUCCGAGGCGCCUUGACCAUGAUGUGGCAGAUGUGGACGGCCUUCGGCAUCAUGCUCGGCUUUGCUUCCUCUUUAGCUUUUCAGAAUCUCGAAUGGCCGAACCAGUACGCACCCUGGAGAUGGAUGAUUGGUUCAACAGCUCUUCCACCAUUGAUUGUUGGUACUCUGGUCUUCCUUCUCCCCGAGAGUCCGCGUUGGUAUAUGGAUAGGGGAGAUUUUCAGAAGGCAUACCUUUCGCUUAGGAAGCUUCGUCGGGCCGACCUCCAAGCUGCCCGGGAUCUCUAUCUCGCUUGGAAGUUCUUGGAGGUUGAGCAAAAGUCCAAAGAAGGCCGUAAAACGUUGAAGGAACUCUUCACAGUACGGAGGAACUGGAGAGCUGCGCAGUCUUCGUGGUUCUGUAUGCUCAUGCAGCAGUUCUGUGGCGUUAAUGUAAUCGCAUAUUACAGCACAAAGAUCUUUACAGAUGCAGGAUACACUCGAUCUCAAGCCCUCCUGGCCUCAUUCGGUGGCGGCGCCAUCAACUGGAUCUUUGCCCUGCCUGCAAUUUGGACUAUUGAUACCUUUGGUCGUCGUAACCUCCUGUUAGUUACGUUCCCCAUGAUGAGUGCUUGCCUGUAUUGGACCGGCUCAUGCUUCGGGAUUGAAGACAACGGCCUUCGCCUUCCUCUCAUCGCCACCAGUAUUUACAUCUUCAUGGCCGUUUACUCACCUGGUCUCGGUCCUGUUCCCUUUACAUAUAGCGCAGAGGCAUUCCCCUUGCAUAUCCGGGCUCUUGGUAUGGCCUCAGCAACAUCGAUCACCUGGGCAUUCAACUUUUUACUCAGCUUUACGUGGCCUAUGUUGGAAAAGGCAUUCAAACCAUCGGGCGCCUUUUAUUGGUACGCGACGUGGAACGUGGUCGGAUUCGUGUUUACGUAUUUCCUGCUCCCAGAGACGAAGGCACUGUCGCUGGAGGAACUGGAUAUCGUGUUUAGCGUCCGGAAUCGUGAUCAUGUUCGACACUAUUCCAAGCGAAUGGGAUGGUACGCAAAGAGGCUCGUGGGCCGAAGCCCGGAUCCCAUGCCACCGUUAUAUGAGUUGGAGAAUUCUACGGUUGGAUCGGUGUCCGAAGUGGCAGCCAAGCAGACCAAUGACUCGGCUGUUUAA